CGUAGUCUACGCCCUACGCACAAGCCAAGAUCGUCCGCCACUCUGUCUUGCUUGCUAUUCGAAAAUGUCCAUUGUUUUGUUCAAUUACAUUUCAAUUCAGAGACUCAGCCUUUGUGUUCCUCGCCAGUAGAAGAAGUUGCUCCAUCAAUGGCCGACCAGUACCUCUACUACCUCUUCCUUCUACUACUCCUUCCUCUCCCCCUGCUCUUAUUUCUUUACGUCGUCGUACGACCCCGCCCUGUUAAAAUCUCAAUCAAGGACCGUCACGUGUUCAUCACUGGCGGUUCCAGCGGCAUCGGCCUCUCCCUGGCCCACCAGGCCGCUUCUGAAGGGGCAAGCGUCUCCAUUCUGGCCAGGUCUCGCAAUAAGCUAGAGGAAGCGAGGGAGGCCGUCCGUCUUGCCACAGGCAAAGAGGUCGAGAUUUUCGCUGCCGAUGUGAGGGACUACGAAGCGGUGAAGAAAGCGGUGGAAGAGGCGGGGCCUAUUGAUGUGUUGAUUGUGAAUCAGGGGGUUUUCGUGCCUCAGGAGCUUGAGAAGCAGGAUGUGGAUGAGGUGAGGUUCAUGUUGGACGUCAAUCUGAUGGGGAGCUUUAACAUGAUCAAGGCUGCAUUGCCUUCCAUGAAGGAAGCCAGGAAGGACCGUGGGCCUGCCUCCAUCGCGCUCAUGUCAUCACAGGCCGGUCAGGUUGGUAUCUAUGGAUACUCAGCUUACUCAGCUAGUAAAUUUGGGCUUCGUGGUUUAGCAGAAGCACUGCAGCAGGAGGUCAUUGUGGAUAAUAUUCAUGUUUCUCUUAUAUUCCCUCCAGAUACUGAAACUCCUGGUCUAGAGGAAGAAAACAGGCGAAAGCCACCACUCACUAGUACGAUAGCCAGCUCUUCUGGUGCAAUGAAAGCUGACGAAGUUGCCAAGAAAGCCUUAAACGGCAUAAAAUCUGCUAGUUUCAUUGUCUCUUGCAACUUUGAAGGAUUCUUACUGUCUAUAGCAACUGCCGGUUUAUCACCUCAGAGAUCAUUCUUGAUGGCAUAUAUUGAGGUGGUCGCUGCUGGUGUAUUACGCAUUGCAGCUCUAUGUUUCCAAUGGAAUUGGUAUGGAAUUAUAGAGAAGUGGCAAGUGGCAUGCACAGAGUAGAUCCUAGCACUCCUUGUGCUGGUUAUUGGUGUGGCAAGUUUCCUGAUAGAAGCUGUUGUUUUUUGGCAAUACUCUGGAUUCUCGUCUCCUCGUGCUGCUGUAAGGAGAGUAUUGGACUUCAAAUCGAGUUCUCUAACUGAUGUUGCACAAACUGGAGUUCUCUCACACAGUUUUCAUGGCUUUGCAUUUUAACCAUUAGUAAAGAUGCAUCAAGAAGGGAAUUUGAGGACUGAUAUUAGUUCUGCAGACGUGGAUCAAACUCUAGUUGAUUUCUUUUUUAUUUUUUUUCAAUCUAACGAGCAGCCAGUUUUUUUUUCUUUCCUUUCUGAUUUGGCAGUCCACCAAACAGAAAGAGAACUUCUCAUUUAAACUGUAAACCAUCUGUGCUACUUUGAAUGCCACUCCAAAACCACAAACUCUUCAUUAA